AAUAGCGCUAGCAUCGGUUACCAGUGGUGGUGACCACUGACUGUACCGUAUUAUACCCUUUCUCUUCUCUAUAAAAGCACCCUUUUAAGUUAGUCAUUUUUCAGAGUCAAAACAAAAAAAAAAAAAAAAGAGAAAAAAUGAGUUUCAAUUGGGUUUGUUCUGUACCCUCACAAACAUUUAUGUCUGUGAUUAUAUCAAAUAAAUGUAAAAGCUUUAAGGGUCUCAUGAAUACUGGCAUUGGCGGCUGUAAUGGGUUUCCUUCUUUUCUCCCAAAAGAGGUAUCUCUUAUCAAAGACCCAUAUGCUAGAGCCCUCGCUCGGAGGAUCCAAAGGCUUCCUGUUCAGUUGGAAUUUGAAGAUUCAAGGAGUUGCAUAAUGAGUAGUUGUGUGAAACCACUUAAAGAAAAUGAGGCCAAUCCAGUGGUCCUGCUUCAUUGCUUUGACAGCUCUUGUUUGGAAUGGAGGUGUGCACUUCCAUUGCUUGAAAAUGCUGGGUUAGAAACAUGGGCUAUAGAUGUCCUUGGAUGGGGAUUCUCUGAUUUAGGAAGUCUUCCUCCAUGUACUGUGGCAUCCAAGCGUCAUCACCUUUAUCAGAUUUGGAACACCUAUAUCAAGAGGCCAAUGAUAUUAGUUGGACCAAGUCUUGGUGCUUCUGUUGCAAUUGAUUUUGCACUUCAUUAUCCAGAAGCUGUUAAAAAGUUGGUUUUAAUUAAUGCAAGUGUCUAUGCUGAGGGCAAUGGGAUUUUAUCUAAGUUACCCAAUACAAUAGCCUAUGCUGGGGCAUCUCUCUUGAAGUGCUUACCCCUACGCCUUUAUGCAAAUAUGAUCGCCUUCAGCAACAUUUCUUUAUCUACAACCUUAGAUUGGACCAAUGUGGGCCGAUUACACUGUCUCCUGCCUUGGUGGAGAGAUGCAACAGUCGGUUUUAUGAAUAGCGGGGGUUAUAAUGUUGCAGGCCAAAUAAAAAAGGUGAAGCAGAAAACACUUGUCAUAUGCGGCGAACAAGAUCAAAUAAUUAGCUACAAGGAAACAUUGAGGUUACAUUGCGAACUUCCAAAUUCGAAUAUGCGACUUAUCCCAGAAUCCGGUCAUCUCCCUCAUGUUGAGAAACCUGCCUCUGUUGCAGAGUUGAUUCGAGAGUUCGUUCGAGGAGAUAUAUAGCCUACUUAUGACUUGACAUGUCAAUUGUAGAUUCAUCAUUAGCAACUUGUCCCUUCUCAAUAUAGUCACUUGUAUAUCUUCUUUUCUUUUUUCUUUUCAAUUCUUGUCUUGUUUGGUCAUUUUACUAAUGGUAUCUGCAUAUAGAGAAAUGUUUUAUAAGUUGCAAUACCUUUCAUGCGCAGAAGUGUAACAGUGUAGCUAUUAUUUUCAGAGAAAUUUUGGUUUAAGCACAACUGUAAUAAAUAAAUAAAUAAAGUAGGCAAAUUCUGAGGUUU